AUGCGGCUGUGCGACAGGAGUCCCCCGGCGGCGCGGCGGCGUGGCGCGGUGCUGCUCGGCUCCCUGCUGCUGGCCGCCGCCGUGGCGCUGCGCAGUGUCAGCCGCCCCUGCCCCGCCAACCACCCUCGCUGCCGCCGGGCGCUGGAGCUCACCCCCGACAGAAGGAUCAACUGCUCGGGGGUCGUCCACGGGGACGAAAGAGCCAUCCAGCAGGCCCGGCUCAGCAACAUGGAGCUUGCCAACAAAAGGGCUUCCCUGACGCCCGGCAACUACCUGAACAUGACGAGGGAUUGCAGCAGCUUCAAGGAGACCCGACGGUUCAUCGAAUUCCCCCUGAGUCAAGAGGAGGCAGAGUUCCCCAUCGCCUACUCCAUGGUCAUCCACAACAAAAUCGAGAUGUUUGAGCGGCUUCUGCGGUCCGUCUAUGCUCCGCAGAAUGUCUACUGCAUCCACAUUGACCGCAAGUCCCCAGCUGUCUUCCAGGAGGCUGUACGGGCCAUAGCAGAUUGCUUCCCCAAUGUCUUUGUGGCUAGCCGCUUGGAAAAUGUGGUCUAUGCCUCCUGGUCCCGGUUGCAAGCCGACCUCAACUGCAUGCAGGACCUGUUACAGAGCCCCGUGCCAUGGCGCUAUCUCCUCAACACCUGUGGCACCGAUUUUCCCAUCAAGACCAACGCCGAGAUCGUCCGUGCCCUGAAGGUCCUACAGGGGCGGAAUAGCAUGGAGUCUGAGAGGCCCUCGGCCAUCAAGCGGGAGCGUUGGCAGUACCACCAUGAAGUGGCAAAGUCCAUCUCCCGGACAGCCACAAAGAAAGAGCCACCACCCCACAACUAUCCCAUAUUCACAGGCAACGCGUACAUUCUAGUCACACGGGCCUUCGUGCAGCACAUCUUUGAGAACCCCACGGCACAGAAGUUCCUCGAGUGGGCCAAGGACACCUACAGCCCUGAUGAGCAUGUUUGGGCCACCCUCAACCGCAUGCCUGGCGUGCCAGGCGCCAUGCCUCAGAGUGACAAGUUCCAGCUCUCAGAUAUGAAUGCCCUGCCCCGUCUGGUCAAAUGGCAGUACAUGGAGGGCGACACCAGCAAGGGCGCGCCCUACCCACCCUGCACUGGCCAGCACCAGCGUGCCGUCUGCAUCUACGGAGCGGGCGACGUGUCCUGGAUGCUCCAGCAGCACCACCUCUUGGCCAAUAAGUUCGACCCCCAAGUGGACGAUGCCGCCAUUCAGUGUCUCGAGGAACACCUGCGCCACAGGGCCCUCUAUGGCCGGGGACUCUGA